ACAUUUUUUUUUCCUUUUUGGCUUUGAGUGAUAAAAACAAAAAAAAGAUUAGUGUAUAAGGAUCAUGGAGAUACACAAACUCAUGACAACAAUGACUUACGUAUUACUACUAUUGCUACUCUCGAUUCAUGCGCAUAUCCAAGCCGUUGCUUCAAUCUCAGAUACUUCUGAUGUUUCAGCCAUCCAUGAUCUGAAACCAAGUCCCAUCACAGGAACUAAAACAUGUUGGGAGAAAUAUUUACCGGUUUGGCGGCGGGAGCUUAAAAGCAGCGGUGGCGGUGGCAGUAGCGGUGGAGGAGGUCGUAGUGGCGGAGGUGGCAGCAGUAGUCGAGGCGGAAACAGCGGUAAAGGCGGCAGCAGAGAUAGAAGCGGUGGCUCUGGGAACGGAGGAUCUUCAAAUCAUGGCGGUGGUGGCGGUGGCUCUGGGAACGGAGGAUAUUCAAAUCAUGGCGGUAGCAGUAGUGGCGGCCAUUUUGUUGGAAGCGGCGUUGACUGUUUCAAACACCGUGGUCUCGCCAGUACUCUAUUAUUAUCUCUCGUAGUCGUGAGCUCUUUGAUUAUUUUACGUUGAAAACAGUUGUAAAAAAUGUGUUUUUUUUUUUUUUUUCGUGUGAUCGAUAUAACAGCUUUAAAAAUGUUGUUUUCUAAUUAUACAAAAUGAAAUAUUGUAUAUAGACUUUGAUUAUAUGUCUAUUGACUAUAGAUACUAUGAAUGCUAAAGUUAUGAUGAUUGGAUAUAUAGUUCGAAUGUAUUGUA